AUGACUUUCAAGAUAUUUCAAAUGAAUGGAGAACAACUGAAAAUAGCAAUAAAAGAUGCUUUGAAUGAAAUUCAACUUCAGGAAAGCCAGAAACAGCUUUUGCAAGACGCUGAAGUAUGGAAAGAACAAGUGAGUGAAUUUAAUAAACAGAAAAUAACAUUUGAAGACUCCGCAGUACACACAGAACAAGUUCUAGAUGAUGAAGAUGAUCACAUCAAGACUCUGAACGAACGCUUGCUGGAGAUGAAAGCUUGGGCUGCUAUGCGUGGAGAGGACAGAGCAGGUGAUAAUAAUUUGAAACUGGAAACGAACAGUCAAUCAGAAAAUGGUGCUUACUUAGAUGAACCUCCAAAAGGAGCUUUGAAGAAACUGAUUCAUGCUGCUAAGUUACAUGCUUUUUUACAAACUUUAAUAGGAGAAAGGAACCAAUUUAUAUUCAGUUAUGUGAAGCUGAUAAAACAAAGAAAGAGCUUAGAAAGCAUACUAAAAAUCUUCAGAUUGAACAAGCAUCUUUGCAGUCAGAAAACACAUAUUUUGAAAGUGAGAAUCAGAAGCUUGAACAGAAACUUAAAGAUCUGCCAGCAGAGGCCAUGUCUGUCCUCAAACCAUAAAGAAGGCAUCCUGAUCAUCACCGAGAAGUACUACAUGCACCCAGGUAGCAACUUCUACACACACAAGGAUGCAUGCGAGGAGAGCGUCAUCAUUCCCAGCUUGAAGCUCCACAGCCAGACAGCAGGCCACGCUACACACACGAUGAAGUGGAUUCAGGAGGCCUGGGGAGAGCCAGCUCCAUGA